AGCCAUAGCUAGCUAAGAAGAUAACGGUGGCUUAGGACUAACUGACAGCAGCGCAGAGUUGUGCAUACGGUGGUGGACUUCUCCCAGUACGGUCAAACCAGCUCCGUAAAAUGAACUUUUUGCGUAAUCGUCUGGUUGUACUGGGCCUGGUGUUGUUAGCUACUUUGCUGCUCUACCUGCUGCUACCCGCCAUCCGUCAGGGCAGCAUGGAGCCGUCACUGGAGGUUCAAAGGAUGGGGCUGUCAGUCGUCUCACCCCCACCUCCUCCGACCAUUAACGUCACAGUCCGUACCGGGCAGCUCCCUGGAGAUCCACCUCUGUUUUUCAGGGAGGCCCUGCCUAUCGAUGGAGCAGGGCGACAGAUCCUACCCAAACUGCAGGUGGUUCUUCUCCAUGGCCAGGCAUUCACUUCCAAAACCUGGGAGGACCUCGGGACUCUGGCCCUGCUGGCCACCAAUGGAUACCAAGCGCUUGCACUGGACCUGCCAGGAUUCGGUAACACUCCAGACUCUGAUGCUUUGAAGACGGAUCAGAACCGGGUGGAGCUGCUGCUCCGGUUCCUGGAGGCGCUGGGCGUGCGGGCCCCGGUGCUGCUGAGCCCCUCCAUGAGCGGACACUUCUCCCUGCCCUUCCUCAUCAAACACGGCGCACAGCUGCGAGGCUUCAUCCCCAUCGCCCCCGUGGGAACCAGGAACUACACACCCCAGCAGUACCAGGCUAUCCAGACUCCAACUCUGAUUGUGUACGGAGAGCAGGACAUUAACCUGGGAGCUCAAUCGUACAAGAACUUGAGUCAGCUGCCCCGACACGCUGCCAUCCGGCUUCCCGGGGCCCGGCAUGCCUGCUACAUGGACAAGCCCCGGGAGUUUCACCAGGCCCUGCUCGACUUCCUGAGCAAGCUGGAGUGAGACGAGCAGGAGGAGAAGAGAAGAGAAGAGAAGAAGAGACGGGAGGAGGAGUAGGCCAAGAUUGCGGAGAAGGGAGAGAAUGAGGAGGGAACAGUGGGGGAGGAAGGAGAGAAAGGGGGUUAUUGUAUUAAGCAGGAGGGAAUGGGAUCUAUUUUCAGAUUUGUGCCGUACCCCUGUGAGUUACGGGAGUCGUCUUUGCCAGAGAAGGAGGCUGAAAGAAAGUGGAAGGGGGAUUAUUUUGUUCCGCUGGUUUCAGUGUGCUGCUCUCAGCUGCUUUGCCUCAUGUGACUCCUUGAGCUAGAGACUUUUAAAAAGUCAGCUGACUUGGAGGAAGUAAAUUUUAGUUCCCUUGACCUGUCUUCCCAGACCGUAGGAUGUAGUCUUUGAGUGACAGAUCACUGUUACUCCCACUACAUGGGGAAACGCCCUCAAGCCACUUAUUUCUCAUGUUUUUAUUUUGCUUCAAGGGGCAGUUCACCAAAUAAUUAAAUGAAAGUUUCCAAUUACCCAGAGUACUAUCUACCAAUCCAGGUAGAUUUGCUGAGACUUUUCUAGAUGUGGUUCACCUUCAUACAAGGGAGCUCUAUAGGCCUCAGAAGGGUGUUCGUUACCUUUGUGUUCGUCCAUUUUUGAGACUUCUGGAUAAAAAAAGAAAAAAAAAACCAGUAUGGGAGAAAUGAAUGGCAUUUUCCCAAUACCUUUAAAAUAAAUGAUGAGAUUUGGAUGUUUGUUUGCAUGUGAAAAUACUAUGAUUUUCAUCCAAAUUUUCAUAAUCUAAAAUUCUGUGUAAAUUGAAAAAGAAAAUUGCUAACGGCUACCGUGAGUGGGCAGUAGCCCAUCUCUCGAUGACAUCAUCACACACAGGGCUGUAUCUGGCUGUAUUUACAGCUACCGUUCACGCACGUUGCCACUUGCUGUUGCCCAUUACUGAAAUGAAUUGUACAGUUGUAUAUAUUGCUGUAAAUAUAUUUAUUGCUGUUAUUGUUGUUGUUCCUGUUAGUAAUUUACCUAAGUUAUUUGGAAUUGCUGAAAUUGCUUUGCUGGUUAUGGCUUUGCCUGGCCUGAAAGCCUUGUCUUGGAACUUGACUCUUUUAACAUUUAACAUUCAACAGUGUUAGCUUUUAGCAAAAAUAAUGAUUUCUGUUGGAAGCGUCAUCGAGAGACAAAUGUGUGUAGAUAAAAAAAAAAAACAAACAUCCCAAGUUUCAAAUGCCAGCUUAAAUCACAGAUUGACAGAGACAGUUAUGUGUAACUGUUUAUUUUUUCCGUAGAGAAAUUGAUCCGCAAAUCCCUAUAUGGGUAAAGGUUUUGUCCUCUGUUACAUUAGAUUUCCAAGGCCCACAGACCCACAUUUUUGUGGUGCUGAAAAGGUCAAUAUUUUAAAAAGUCAAUGGUACGCUUUGCAAAUAUAAUGUAAAGUAUAUAUUCUCUCACAAGCAUGCACAGAGCUUCAUUUCUGCAGUUUCAUGAAGAAAGACUUCUACCAAAGUGCGCCAACUGUGUAUUCCAGGAAAGUCUCGUGCUGGUGGACUAGUGUGAAACUUGGGUGGUGAUGUAACGUUGGUGAAAAUGCAGUUGUUUGUUGUCAUUUUAAUAUAGCAACAUACUUCAUUAAAGCACAUAACAGCUUCAAACUUUAUGGUUGAGGCAUUAUUGUUAAUAUCUCAACUAUGAAUUUCAAACCUGGCAUGUGCUUUCAAUCAAGCAAUUUGCUAUAUUGAAGCUACAGCAAAUGGUUUAAUUCCACAAACAUCACUCAUGGUUCACACUAGUCCGUUGGCAUACUUCAGGAGAAGUAGUUCUCGGUUUUCACUGUGCACAAAUGUGUGGAUGUUUGCGAGUAACCAUGGCAUUAUAUUUGGAAUGAGCUUUUUCGCAAUGUACAUUUUUUUUUAAAAGAUAUUUUUUCGGGCUUUUUCAGCUUUAUUGGACAGUAUAGUAUAGAGCAGGGGUCGGCAACCCUGGUCCUGGAGAGCCGCAGGGUGUGCUGGCUUUCGUUGUUACUUGGCAUUAAUUGAUCAAUGAAAGCCGUUGAUUGCACAGUUAACUCACCUCACCUGGUUUCUUGGGUCUGAAUCGGUUGCUUAUUUUAAGGUGGAGACGAAAGCCAGCACACCCUGCGGCUCUGCAGGACAGGAAGACAGGAAGAAUGGGAGCGAGAGCGGGAAAGACAUGCGACAAAUGUCAGACGGUCGGAUUCGACCGCUGACGUCGCGGCUCGCAAUGAGCAUGCAGUCAGUGCUCUACAGGCUGCGCCACCGAGACACCCAUCGCAAUGUACAUUUUUGGGCACAUUGAUCAGCAUAAAAAUACGGGUCUAUGGAGAUCCGUUGUUUCAAGGUGAACUGCCUUUAGAAAACUCAUCGAAUAUAGAAAACUCAUUGGGGGAAAAAGAAAUCAGUGAAACUAUUUAGAUGGAUAUAUACAUAGGUAAAUGGGAACAUACUUUAAUGUUUGGGUGGAGUGCCCCUGUAACAGCUUACCUUGCAGUGGUACAGAAGUUGCUGUAGUAUUCUAACAUUUGAGACAUCUUAAGAUGUUAUGGAUAAAUAGUCAUCAUAGCUAUGCCAAUGUCCAGUACAGUUUUAGUCAUGACUGUAAGAUACAUUUAAACUCUGCAGCUGAUAUUUGUCAUUUAAAAUAUGUUAAAUAUUUUGCUGAAUGUCAAGUUCAAAUCUGAGGAUGCUUCUCAGAAGCCUCAGUAAGUUAUCACUUCGCCACUAAUUAUGCUAUGAUUUUUGUUACUGCUAUUUAUUUUAUUAUUUAUUUACAUUUCUGUAUUUAUUUUCUAUAAACAGUUGUAUGUAUUAUAGAGGUUGAACUGUAUAUGGCUUAAUAAUGUAUGCUAUAAUAAUAACAGGUAAUAUUUGUUUUGUUUUUAUAUCAUUAUUGUUUUAGAUAUUUUUGUAUUUGUAAAAACUAUAAAUACGGAAAUGUUCUCGACCGAUAUAUAUAUAUAUAUAUAUAUAUAUAUAUAUAUAUAUAUAUAUAUAUAUAUAUAUAUAUAUGAGUUAGCAAUUUUCAGUGAAUGACACCGUAAGCUACAUCAGAUCGCUGACAAGCAUCAAAUUAGGUACUCUCCUUUUAUCUGAAAUAUAUUAUUGAAAGGUUGCAGAAGCAUUGCAAAAAUGUGUUCCUCAUCAGUACUGAAUAUCUGAUUUUAAGUGGGUGUUUCAAUGGUUACAAUAAAGAAAACAAUAAAGUUUGAUUGUGUUA